CGUACGAUGUGAAAUCGGCGUUUAAAUGACAUUGUUUUUAAUUUUUAAAAUUAAAUGUCAUUUAAAACUUGAAAUAAAAUUAUAUUUUAUUUAAUUAAUAUAUUUAAUGUGCAAACAUUGAGUUGGUUCCGCUAAACAAGUAUUAAAUAAAAAAAACUAAAAAGUGAGUUUACAGUUUAGAGAUAAUGCGUUUCUGGGUCAGGUCAUAUGGGAGACUGAAUACGGGGUCAAGCUUGUAUAUAGGACAAAAUAGAGACAAGGACGGUAUAGCUUUUGGAAUGUAAGCAAUCUCUCGACUGGGAUUACUCCGUAACACACGACUUGAGUUUGGAGCUAUCAUCAACUGAACAUUUUCAAUAGUUUUUUCAAUCACAUUUUGGAUGGACUCCAAUUUCCUGGGAUAAACCAAUAACAUAAAUAACUCCUUCAGAUUGUUAACUAAAAAAUGAGUAAAUAAAUGAACUGGGAAUUAAAAUUGCAAUUUUCAAGUUGAAUCAGAGUGAAAAGUGUUUUGUUAAAAAAGUUCAGUGGAAUUAAAGUAAUUAAAAACUGUUGUAUAAAAUAUAAAACAAGAUAGUUUGAAAGCAUAAAAAUUAAAAAGUAAAUGUGUGAAAUAGUGUAGAGAUUCAAACAUUCAUAAAGAAUGUUUGAGAGUGUGGUAUCGGGGUGAUCGAUCUGGAGGAGAUAAUGGCAGGUGUUGGAAAAGAGGCUGUGAGCCGGAUGCUUCGACACAUUCUCACGAAUCUCACUAGCAGUGCCAUUGCCAUUACCACAGAGGUUGGUAUAUCUCCGGCUAACCCAAACACGCGAAGGACGAGUGACAACGCUGUAGUUUCUGUGCCCUCACCGACAUCACAAGCCAUGGUUGCGGGCCCGAUUAGCGAUAGUGUGACUAUUUCGGCUAAUCCGUCCACGGGUUUAACCAGUCCCGCGGUUACGACCACGACUAAGCCAGACCAACACGUCUACAAUUCCACGGGCUACCUCGUUGAGCAGGAUGAGCUGGAAUACAGUAUCCUGGCAGCAUUUUCUGAUAUGCAAACAGUUUUCCUCGCCUGCAUUUCAACUUUACUGCCAUUGAUCGUCGCUUUGGCAAUUGUUUUUGGUGUAAGGCAUGCUUGGAGAAAAUACAGACACAGAAGAAAUGGAGCAAGUAAUUUGCCCUGGUAUCGUGGUGUUUGUUCCCGUGAUGAUACUGCAGAAUCUCUUCAUCAUCGCCCUCAUUCCGGUAGUAUCAGCAUCUUACCAGCAACACGAGUAUUAUCAGCUCAAGACUUGGUAAACGGUCUCAAUGGUCCAAGGUACAUCUGUGAGACGGAAGUAAUGGACGAAGUAGCUCUUGCAGCCAGCAACGUAGAGUUCGCAUCUCCUGGGAACCACUCGGGUAAAAACGCCAAUGGCAACAUCAUCACCCUCACGCUCAAGAAUAACCAUCUCAUCGUCGAGACCGAGGAACGGGCGGUCACGAUGGAAGAUAAUUCUUUUGUCGUUGAAGUUCAACCAAAAUAUCUACAAGAUGAUAUAGAUAUCAUUACAACUGGUUUAAUCGAUGAUGUAACAUGCAGGGUGACUGAUCAACAAGCAUUGGUUCAUCGAGAGGAAAUUCCAGAAGAUCAAUCAUCAGAAUUUGGGACCACAAAGCUCUUUGGAAGCAUCAAUACUGGCUUGUCUCAAUCAGACCUUUCAAUUGCUAGUCAUGGUACUGUAAAUCAUAGUUAUCGCUAUGGAAAUCAAAUAGAAUAUGAUGCUAGUCAGCUAGGCUAUUCGACGUACGAUGAUGUAAAUUACAAGGCUGACCUCAUCUCUCGGAACCUUGAGGGCGUCUCUAAGUGGGUGGAAUUCGAUAAAUCACCUGACACUCAAAAGAUACUUCUCAACGAGUGUGAAAACUCUAGUUUUGACAAAGGAGUGAAUCAUGAAUACAAAAAAUUAAAUAACAUUGACAGUUCCUUGGAUUCAGGAUCAUCAUUAGAACACCAGGAUUCAACUGAUGCUAGCAAUUCAACUGAUACUGUUAGGUCAAAUCCGAAUUUACAAAUAAAUGGUACAACUCCGAAUAAGUUGGAAAACAUGGAACGUAAGGGUUUACUCAGAGAUUGUGAUAAGUUGGAACCUAGUAAACCAAUAAUAACUGGAGCUCUGUUCAAAGAUGAAGUGCCCGAGGUGGGGCUGCAGGAGCAGAAAAACAAACUAGGAAAUGGAACUUUGUCUCCGGAGCAUAAAAAUUCCAAACCACGAGAUCAGAACCCUGAAGGUAGUGUAUUUGUUCCUAGUCACAAACGAAGUGGUAGUAUCCCACCACGACUUAUUGAAGAUUCUCUUGAAAUAGAUCGAAAAAAGGGUAUUGAUAUUUAUAGCCAAAUAAAAACAAGUAUUCUUCCAAGUUUAAGUCCUAAGUUUGAAUUACUUCAAAAUGAAAUUAGUCCGAUUGAUGAAAAAGAAAGUUAAUUUAUUAAGUAAUAAAACUAUACGUUGCUUCGUUUAUAGAAGCAGGAAUAGAAAAAUCAUUAAUCUACUGUCAAUCAGAAAAUUACUAUGAUAAUAUUUCUGAUUGCUGAUUUUAUCAAAAAAAUAAACAAAAAAACUAGGAAAAAAUUAAAAUUUAAUUUUUCGAAUCGAGAGAAUAUUCGAUGGUUUGACAAAUUGACGCAGAAGUCGACAUUUACAUAUUAUUACGAUGGAUCUUCAAUCGACGUGAAAAUUCGUAGGGAAUGGUUGAAAGCUACAAGAGAAAUGUUAGAGUCUGGUUCUCUUAUCAUUCCAAUAAAUUGGCUAAAUCUGAAGAAAAAGCAUUCGAGUCGUGAGAGAUGGUUGAUCGAACCAACAGUACGUUGACGACUACUCUGUUCACCUCAUUGUCUUCUUGACGUGACGCAGAUUCAAGGGAUUAUGUUGAAUAAAAACGUAAAGACAUACGAGCCACAGAGAACAAUUGAGACUAACGAACUCGUACGUUAUAGCACAGUGUUAAUUUCGUGCUGUACAUUGUGUGAACCGAGACCCGCCAGUCAGUGACGUAUGAAUGAAACUCAAAUCAUAGGAAUACUAGUACUUUGCUAUAUACAUAUGUGUAACUGCAAGCACCAGGCAUAUCUAUGAUUAAUUCAGUUUCAUGUGUAUUUAUUAUUGUCAUUGAAUAUUUGCGAGUAAAUUCAAUUGUGUGGUGUAAAAAAGUAAUAAUAAACGGUACAUCUGAUUCUACCUAAAUAAUAAGCAUCAUGAAAUGUCCAUUUGAUAUAUGAUAAACUCGAUAUAAGAUCCUAUUAUUAUAAUAAUAAUAAUUUAUAAGAAUUUUUUUUGGAAAUGUGAAGAAUUAUACCUCGUAUGUGAACUCUGAAAUAUAACAUACAUCAAGUAAUUAUGUAUUUCAGUAUGAAAAUAAGUACACAGCUAAUGUAGUAAAAGUUUAGUUAAUUUUCAAAUGGAUUUUUGUAAUUUAUAAAAUUACUAAGAGUUUUUCAAAAGUAUAUUGAAAACUCAAUCAAUAUAUAUAUAGAGUAUCAGACAAUUGGAAGUUCAUUUAAAUACUUAAAUGCAGUGGCGGGAAAGAAAAAAACUGAGUUAAUUUAAUAAGUCUUGAUUCAAGUGUUGGUUUAAUGGGAAUCCAAUUAAACAAAAAGUAUCUGAAAAAAUGGUAAUCAUACAUAAUAGACUAACUAAUAGGAUUAAAAUAAUCUGAGAAAAUGAGAAAAAAAUUAAAUUUUUUAUUGGAAAUCUAUAAAAUAAUUUUUUCGAUAUUUUAAUGAGAAUGACAUUACCAUAAAUAAACUAAUGUUUCAAUCCAUUAAAAUAUCUCUUAUGACCUAUAUUGCAAAUUUUUAGAAAUGAAU